AUGAACGGCGAAUAUUUGCCAAACUACUGUACAGACGCCGGGUUCUGGCUGGCGGCGGGCCAGGCGGCGCUGGCGGGGCGGCUGGCGGCGGCGCCCGUCGAGCGGCGCGCGAGGAACGUGGUGCUGUUCCUGGGGGACGGCAUGUCGACGGCCACGCUGGCGGCGGCGCGCGCCCUGCUGGGGCAGCGGCGAGGCCUGUCCGGCGAGGAGGCCGAGCUGUCCUUCGAGCGCUUCCCCUACUCCGGCCUGGCCAAGACGUACUGCGUGGACUCGCAAGUGGCCGACUCUGCCUGCGCCGCCACGGCCUGCCUGUCGGGCGUGAAGACCAACAGAGGGGUGGUCGGGGUCUCGGCCGGCGCCAAGGCGAACGACUGCCCGUCGCUGGGCAACACCUCCCACCACGUCACUUCCAUCCUGCAGUGGACACAGGCGGCGGGGCGCAGCGCGGGGCUGGCGACCAACACGCGCGUCACGCACGCCACCCCGGCGGGCGGCUACGCGCACGCGGACCGCGGCUGGGAGAGCGACGGCGACACGCCCAAGCCGUGCCGCGAUAUCGCCGCGCAGCUGGUGCUGGACCUGCCGGGCCGCGACCUCAAGGUAAUUAUGGGAGGUGGUCGCAUGAAUUUCCGCCACAAAGGCGUGAGAGACGAAGAAGGGGAGUGGGGAGCCCGUCGAGACACCAGCGACCUCAUCGCCAGGUGGGAAGCGGACAAGCUCGGCAGGAACUCUACCAGUCGCUACGUGUGGAACAGGAAAGGACUUCUCAACUUAGAUAUGAAUAACACGGAAUACCUUCUAGGACUGUUCGCGUCGGACCACAUGGAUUACAACUUGGAGGCCGACCGCGAGAAGCAACCCAGUCUGGCCGAGAUGACCCAGGCCGCAAUCGGGAUCUUGCGGAAUGAUCCGAACGGAUACUUCCUCUUUGUCGAAGGCGGAAUGAUCGACCACGCCCACCACAGCACGCGGCCGCGCAGGGCCCUGGACGAGACGCUGCAGCUGCACGAGGCGGUGCAGGCGGCCGUCGAGCUGACGGACGAGCGAGACACGCUGCUCGUCGUGACGGCCGACCACUCGCACACCAUGUCCUACAGCGGCUACGCCCCGCGCGGCCACGACAUCCUGGGAAUAGCAGGGGUUUCUGCGGUGGAUGGCCUUCCCUACUCCACUCUGAGCUACGCAAACGGGCCUGGGUACAGGAAACCCCAGCGCGAUCGCCGGAGACCCGACCUGCGAGACGAUAACAUGGGCGGCGCGGAGUACCGCUUCCCGGCGACGGUGCCCUUGCGGCGGGAGACGCACGGCGGGGACGACGUGGCCGUGUUCGCGCGCGGGCCGUGGGCGCACCUCUUCUCCGGCGUGCUGGAGCAGAGCGUCAUCCCGCACCUGCUGGCGUUCGCCUCGUGCGUCGGCCCGGGCGCCACCUCCUGCGGCCGCGCGUAGCCGCGGCGCAGUUCCUGCUGUCAUAACACUCCGAGACUGCUUGCUUUUUAUUUAUCAUCAAUAUAAUAUAUGUUUUCACUCUGACCUCAAGGGAGACUCCUACUCCUAAUGUCAAAAAAAAAAAAAGAAUAUGUGGUCUUGCACGUGUCAUAACAUGGCCAGGUUUUUCUGUGCUAUGUUUUUUAUUUUUUUUACAUUGGCUGAUUUUGGCUUCUUUUUCUGUGUGUUUGGAUAUCAUCAUUUUUGUUCGUUAUUGAGGUUUCUUAUGGUAUACGGUGUAACCAUCAAUGGUGUAUGUCCGAAGAAAAAUCAUCUUAAAUCAAAGUUAAAAACGCAGGCAGCACAGAGCAUGCUGUGGAAGUAUUAAGUGAGAACAAUAUCACAGCACAGAUGAAAACAGUGGGCUAAUUCCUCCCACAUUUCCCAAGAGUUCAGCGCGUGGGAUUAACCAAAACUUCGUCUCUGUAUUCGGUGCUCGUAUGUUGUGUACUGCCCGUAUUUGGCCUACAUGCAAUACAAUAAGCAGAAAACUUUUAUAAAUACAGAAAGUUUUCCAUAAGACAUAGUUUUGACAUCAAAACCGUUUCACAGUCGCGCUUUCGCAAGUGCAGGCAGGCUCCCCUUAGUGAGGGGCUUCUUAAUUCCAGGAGGGGGGGGGGUCUGUCUCCUCUCCUACCUGGAAUUUACGCCCAUGCUCUUUGUUUAUGAAAUUAUCAACGGCUUAUUUUGGCGUGGCUUCCAGUGUAUGUGUUUGUGUUUUCAUCUUUUGUUUGUUUGUACUUCAGGUUUUCUCUAUACACAGUGUUAACUAACCGUGGCGUAUGUUCAACAUGAAGUUUUGAAUAAAUCUUCCCAAUUGCAAGAAUCAUUCAAAGUACGUAAACGUGAUGUGUGUGACGCUUCGUGAGCUCAAAACUGUAUUCCUGAAAACUGUUUUUUCUGGAAAAGUGAAAGUAGUGGUUCUUUCAAAGCUAUUUACAGAGGGGCAAAUAAUUGUUUCUUGCUCUGUAAAUUUCAUUCAAGAGUAACUUAAAAUAAAAACAACAGUUUUAAAGUU